AAAGAAGAAGAAGGAUACCGUUUUACAACACAGAUGGGCGGGACUAGUUACAAAACGUUUCUAUCGUGUGGCGGGAAUUAUUCCACUAGUGAUUUAAAGUAGGAGGUCGGUGACGGCAGCGUUCAGGUUCUUUCCCGCUGCCACUAGUGUUAUUUGUCAUUAAAACUGCGUCGCUAUGACGACCAGACGGUCGAAGCGCGAGGCUGUUGUGAAGGUGCAGGUACUGAAUGUGACUCCUGUGGUCGAGGGACCGGUGCGGCGUUCGUCUCGAAACGCUCUGCGCCCCAAACGCCUCCAGUAUUCUCCUGAAGAGAGCGCGUGCGACACGAGCAAGAGGAGACGCAGAAUGAACAGCCGACAGGAGACGCAGGAGGAGGACGAGCAGAGCGACGCGGAGCCUGUGGGACAACGAGGACUUUCUGCUUAUGAACUGGAGCGGCUGGAGAACAUCAGGCAGAACCAAGCAUUCCUGUCCUCCAUCAACUUAUUACAGGCAACUGAGGAGUGCAGGCAUCUGAAACAGCCAAAGCCGUCCCAGAAGGGCCUGAGAUCAUCCGCUCCUGCAAAGGAGGCUCUCCCAGUUCGCAAAUCUCGCCGUCUACAGGAGAAAGAAGCAGAGGUCUGUAUGCUUCCUCCUGAGCCCACAGUCACGCUGAUUGAUGAACAGCCCAAACCACCAAAGAAGCCUGCUGGGCCUCUGCCUAUGCAGCCAGUCAACAUGGAAGAAGGAAGUAAGCUGCCUUCAGAACUUCUUGCUCUGUGUAGUGAGUCAAUGGAGGAAAGAAAAGUGGUGCUAGACCUGAAAGAGUACCGCUCAGCCCUUAAAAAUAUGAGGAUAACAGAGUCCAGCGUGGCCAAAGUGGUGAAGAAUCGUAUUUUCUCUGCUGACUUCCACCCCUGCAACAGCAGAUUCUUGAUGGCCGCUGGGGAUAUUUCGGGAAAACUUGGACUCUGGAAGUUGGACAGUGACUGGGGAGAUGAUGGUGUCCUGCUUUUUGAGCCUCACACCCGUCCAGUGGGCUGCCUGCACUUCUCCAGGGCCCAUGGCUCACACCUUCUGAGCCUCAGCUAUGAUGGAUCUCUGCGCUGCAUGGAUGUGGAAAAAGCUGUAUUUGAUGAUGUGUAUGAUGUAGAUGACGGCCUGAAAACAUUUGACUUCAUGUCCCAUGACUGCUUGACGCUGAUCGUGGGGAGCUGGUUUGGAGAAGUUGCCAUUGUUGAUAGACGCACACCAGGAAACUCCCAUGAGUCCAUCCACUCACUGGAUGCCAAAACUCUGCGCUGCGUAAGCGUCCAUCCUUUACAGAAGCACUACUUUGCUGUGUCAGAAAGCCAGACAGUGAACAUUUAUGACAGUAGAUGCCUGAAAAAGAAAAACAGCCAAGCCGUCUCCAAGCUGCUGGGUCACUCGUUAAGCAUAUCUAGCGCUUAUUUUUCUCCCUGUACAGGGAACCGAGUCCUCACCUCCUGUAUGGACAACCAGAUAAGGAUAUAUGACACAUCUACAAUGGCUUCAGAGUCUCCCUUGCUAAAGAAAAUUGGACAUGCCAUGCAAACAGGCCGGUGGCUGAGCAAGAUAUCAGCAGUGUGGGACCCCAAACAGGAAGACUGUUUCGUGGUGGGGAGCAUGUUGAGACCUCGGAGGGUGCAGGUGUUCCACGUAAGUGGCCAGCUCCAGCACACCUUCAUGGAUAACACGAUCCUCACCACUGUGCUGCCCGUCAACGUUUUCCACCCUACGAGGAACGCCCUGCUGGGGGGCAACGCGUCAGGACGCCUGCACAUCUUCUCUGACUGAGAGUUAAUAAGACCUAAUCUGGGUGAGUAGCAUGCCUGUAACUUUAAGUGUCAUCAACACCAACACUGUUACCCUGUUCAAUUGGAAGUUGUAGUAGAGUGAAAAAUGGUGAUGAGAAGUAAGAGAUGGCAUCAAAGGACCAGAAUUUAGUUUUUUAUUGUAGAAGUUAUUGCUGCAAUACAUAGAUUUCAGUGUGGGUGUGCUCGAUCAAACCCCCAGUUGUGGAUCCUGCUCUUUUUUUUUAUAGAUGCAGUAACACACUGUCUUUAAGAUAUUUAUUAUAUUUUAUUUGUCUUUCAUUUCUUGGGAGUUUUCAUUGGCUUACUUUGUAAAUCUCCGGUUUGGUUCAGAUUUGACAGAGUUAGUGCUGUGUUCAUAGGUCAACUAUCAAUUGAUGCUUUUUGCUGUUCUGUUGUUAUUCUAUUGUCUUGUUGGAAUUAUAUUGUCCUGUGUAUUUAUAAAAAAAAAAAAAGUAAAGUGAAUUUCUGUAAGCCA